ACCAUUCCAUAUAUGCCAAAUGAAUGUUGAAACGCGUUUUCAUCUCUAGUUUCUCACGAAAUGCAUAUAAACAAAAAGAGGAGUAGAGAUGGAUGCUUCUGAGUAAGAGACAAGUAAUUGGAAGAAUGUUUCUCAAAUGUUUUGGCCUCUACCGUUCAAGUUCAUCUCAGAGACAGUAUCCAACAAUAAUAGAAGAGUUGUGCCAUAAAUUUUCUCUAGCGGAUCUUAGGAAGUCAACCAACGACUUUGAUCAAAACAGAGUUAUUGACAUUAGAGCAUUUGGUAUCAAAAUAUAUAAAGGUUGUCUUCAACAUAAUGAUGGUUCUGAUUAUGCAGUUGCAGUAAAGCGAUUUAAAGUGAAAGAUAUUCAAGCAUGGGAAGUGUUCAAAAGCGAAAUAGAAUUGCUCUGCCAGCUUCGUCACCCUAACAUCGUCUCUCUUGUAGGUUUCUGCAACGACGAAUAUGAGAAGAUUAUUGUGUACGAGUACAUGUCCAAUGGAUCUCUAAAUGAACGGCUACAAGGUGGGGAACUGUCAUGGAAGAAAAGGGUAGAGAUAUGCAUCGGAGCAGCACGUGGACUACACUACCUUCACGCUGGAGCCAAGCGCACCAUCAUUCACCGUCACAUCAAACCUAACAACAUUGUUUUGGAUGACAACAUGAAGCCAAAACUCACAGAUUUUGGCAUUAGCGUACUGGGACCACGUUUUAUGUCAAAACCAAAACCAAUUAAAGUAGAUUCUGUUGUGGGUACUUUUGGCUACCUGGCUAGGGAGCAUCUCACGGACCACACCGUCACAGAUAAAACUGAUGUUUACUCAUUUGGUAUGGUUCUACUUGAAGUUGUGUGUGGAAGGAUAUAUGUAACAACAGAACUUGAGAAGCCUGUUGAGGAGAAAAUUGAUCCUAAUAUCAAAGGAAAGAUUGCACCAGAGUGUUGGCAAGUCUUCAUAGAUAUCACCCGAAAGUGCGUGAAAUAUGAAGCACAUGAGCGACCAACAAUGGGUGAAGUAGAGGUAGAACUUGAGCAUGCUCUGUCGUUGCAGGAACAAGCAGAUAUCACAAACACCAUUAUUGGAGAAUAUACCUUAUUGUCCAAAACCAUUAUUAACCUAAUAUAGCGCUUCUUUACACACACUUACCAAAUGUAAUCAAACAAAACAGUCACUGUAUACUUUUUUGCAGUAGUUAAGUUAAAUUGAGAUAUCUGUAGCUUUUGUAGCUA